UCACGUGACUGGCUGUUUUCUCCCUCCGUCAUGGCGGACUACAGGAGGCUCGUCGAGUUGGACAGGCGGAUUGUGGAGUUAGAGAGCAAGUGCGCCGCUCUGCGGGCGGAGAGAGCAGAUGAUGAUUACUUACAGAACGCAGCGACCGUGCUGGAGAAGUUAAAGAACUCGUACACACACGCGGGAGAGAGCAGCAGUCUUCCCAAACUGCUACAGGAUUACACACAAGUAAUCCUAGACAUCACGUUCUAUGAGGAGAACAAGCUGGUGGACCAGGAGUUCCCUGAGGAGAUCUCACCGUUUAAGAUCCAGGAGCUGCUGCAGGACCUGACUGAGCCGGAGCUUUUAGCCGCACGCCUCGCGCCCGGCCAGGAGGUGCAGGCGGUGUUGGGUUUGGAGCUGUUGGAGUGUGUGUACUGGCGGCGCGGAGCUCUGCUCUACAUGUACUGUCACACACUGCACCAGAGGAAACAGUGGAUCAAAAAGAACAAGGCCACCUUCCUCAAAUGUGUUCAGGAAGGUGUGCGGUACCUGCUGAAGAUGCUGCAGGUGAGGAGCUCGGUGAAGCUCAGCGAUGCCGUCGUCUUCCAUGACUCCAGUACCGCUAACCUUCUGUCUGAGGGUGCACUGUCGGACACACACCUGCUGACCAUGAUGUACAUCGGCGAGCUGUGUUUCUGGGCGGUGAAGUAUGAGGACGGGGGAGGGGGAGGAGGAGGAGGGGGCGGCUUGGACUCGGCUCAGGGUCGAGACGACACGCUGCACUUCAGAGACAUCGGCACACACAUCCUGCUGAAGUACGUGCGAGUGUGUGAGGGCCCGCUGCAGGGACAGGGCUGGAACACGGAGAACGCCAAGGAGAUCCUCAGCAUCCUGCAAUAAACACGCACACACACACACACACACACACACAUACAGCUCCUCGAUCUGCUCCUGUUUUAAGUGUAAAAUAUUAGCAUUCUGUUUUUUUUGUUUUUUUUUUAUUCCCGUAAAGCAGUCAUAAUUUAUACAAGUUAUUUAUUUUAUUGUAUUAUAAUUUCUGUGAUCAGGCAGAAAUGGUACACACACACACACACACACUCUGACAGUGUUUGCGGUCAGUAUUUUUCGGGCUGAGUGUUGUGUACAAUGGUGUCUCUCCCCCCUUGACCCCCUCACCCCCAUACACACACACACACACACACACAAACACACACACACACAGGGUCUAUCUUUAUCACUCUGUAAUCUUCAGAUUUUGAUAUUUUGUGCACUUUGGAAAAAAAUAUCUGCUUUGUUUACUUUUGCAGUUUUAUUUCACUGUUUAUUUACAUUUCAAAGAAAAUAAAUUUUGGUUUAAGAAAUGUUUACAAAGGAUUUAAAAAAACAUCUGUGUG